AUGGCCGCCGAUGUCGUUUACAUCACGUACUGGGAUCUUGGUAUCCCUGCGCGAGAUGCAGCGAAGAAUUGCAUUCGCCUUGAAAAGAGGAAAGUUUCCCCGGACCAGCGCGAACACUUCGCUUUCGAUCUAAUCAUUCGGAUUUUUAAGCCUGGCAUGGGCUGGGUAGGAGUGGGUGCGAUUAUCGUCACGGCAUGCUUUCUGCUUUAUCGAUGUCCACCUUCUACCUGGGCAUCCGGGCCUGGGACGAGCCUGCCGGAGUCGAAACCCGCCGGCCAUAAUCUUCCUCCUGUUCUCGAGAAUGAUAACGAGAAAACGCCUUCUGAGUCUGGAGAGAAGGUAGUGGAAGAAGACAAAGAUGGUGGAGCGGCUCAAGAAACACCUAAAGCCAGCGCGACAGUCGCGCCGGCUAUGGAUAUCCCGAGUCUGAGUCUCGACAGCGAACACGCGACUGCAAAGCCAGGAGGAUCUAAACCGCCUGAAUAUAACAAGCCGGCAGAGCAUCUGAUGCCCCCGCCAUCUACGAAGCCUCCAGCAUUCGCAGCUGCUACCCCUACGUUGAGCGCAAGCAGUUCCUCCUUGAUGGCCCCUCCCCCACCUCGACUCCGAACGGCUCCCCAACAGCCUCAGCAAAACACACGACCGAAGACUGAUGGGCUCCUUUCGGUGCCACGUGUGAAGUCAAGUACUCCUUUGCGCCCUCCCCCCUCUGCGGCGUCUUCUCUGCGCGCUCCGCCAUCCAGCCGCCUCUCAAGCAGCACCCUCGCUCCAAAGCCGUCCCCUGCGAACGCGCGACACUCCAGGAAAGUGAUUCUGGAACCGGGCCACUCGCCACUGGAUUGGGCUGCGUUGACAUCCAAUCCGAAUAGCAACCUACGGGGCGCCGGUCUCCCUCCUACGCUUAUCAGGGUCACGCCGUCGAUGCUGAAGGUAAUGAACGGACGGAAAGGGACAGAUGCGUGGACUUCCUACCAAGGAAAGGUGUACAACAUUACUCCGUACCUCCCUUUUCAUCCUGGAGGCAAAGGGGAACUGCUGCGAGGCGCAGGCAAGGAUUCAGGGAAGCUUUUUGCAGAAGUCCAUCCCUGGGUGAACUGGGACGGGUUGCUGGGGGAGUGCCUUGUAGGAAUACUGGUUUCGGAGCAUGACGCCCAGGCGCAGGAGAAUUCUUUGGAUGCUAUGGACUGA